GCAGCACUCGACACCAUCAGCCAACCAGACUCAACAAGAUGAGCGACGAAGAGGACAUAGAGGUGGAAGUUCCCCAGUUGGCAGAGGAUGAUCCUAUGAGGGCAUUUUUACCCCAGUCUUUUGGAAAGAAGGAAAAGCAAGCAGAUGUCGCGGCGCAAAUUGGUCGAACGAAGCGCACAGUGGCGAGCCCAGAGAAGUCAAAGGAUGAACAACAGAAGAUCAAGCAAGCGCCAGCAUCUAACGAUUCGCGAUCCAACGAUGAGGAUGACUCUGACGACUCUGACGACUCGGAUCAAUCUGACGACGAUGAAUUCCCAGUCUCUCAUGAGCUAGUCCUCAAGACCCACGAGCGCGCUGUCACUACAACUUCUUUGGAUCCCUCAGGAUCGAGAUUAGUCACUGGAUCAACAGACUGUACCUUGAAGCUCCAUGAUUUUGCAUCUAUGACACCUACGACCCUUCGAGCAUUCAAGAGCGUGGAUCCAAAUGCUUCAAAGACCUCAGCGAACUCGGAAACACAUCCCAUCAACCAUGUCGAAUUCAACCCAUUAUCUGGGGGAACAUUCCUUUGCGUCUCGGCGCAUCCGCAAGCAAAGGUCAUGAAUAGAGACGGGGAGGUCCUCGCAGAAUUUGUCAAGGGGGAUAUGUAUCUGAGGGAUAUGAACAACACUAAAGGGCACAUUUCAGAAGUCACCACAGGUACAUGGAAUCCCGUUGAUAGAAAUAUCUGCGUUACAGCCGGUACAGACAGUACACUGCGGAUAUGGGAUGUGAAUUUCAGGAGGAGUCAAAAAGAAGUCAUUGUGCAUAAGUCUAGGGUGGCAGGAUCAGCUGGAAGAACAAGAAUGACAGCAGUAGCUUGGGGAAGCCCUCUCCAAGGGGGUAAUAAUGUGCUGGUUGCUGCGGCUCUCGACGGAAGCCUUGUCAUGUGGAGCGGAGAUGGGCCGUAUUCAAGACCUGCAGCAGAGAUCCGGGAAGCACACAAGCCCGAUACUUGGACUGGAGGUAUCGAUAUUAGCUCAGAUGGUCGAAUGGUUAUCACCAGGGGUGGUGAUGAUCUGAUAAAGCUCUGGGAUACUAGAAAGUUCAAAACGCCUGUGGUCACAGUAUCACAUCCUUCUACGUCGGAUCAUUAUCCCGUUACGAACAUCAAAUACUCGCCCACAUCGUCCAGUAUCAUUACUGGUUCCGCAUCUGGCCACCUCCACAUCUUGAACCCUGGAAACCUCAAACCCGAACUUGUCACUCCAGUGACGCCUGGAUCUCCACUGAUAACAGUCCAAUGGCACCCGAAACUCAAUCAAAUCGUCACGGGUUCUGCCAAUGCCGAAGUACACGUUCUAUAUAAUCCUAACACGUCUGUACGCGGCGCUGUGGAUGUUAUGUCUCGUGCGCCAAAGAAGAGACACGUGGAUGAUGAUCCAAACUUCACCACAGACCAGUCAGCUGGUAUGGCUGGAGACGAAGUUGCCCCUGGUGGAGUUCCAAACUCCUUUGCUGCUCGACACCCAACCAUUGGACUUACAGCUUCCGGUCGGUCACGUGAUCCUCGACGGCCCCAAGUUCCCAUGGUGACGCCGUUUAUGAAGAGUCAACCCGACGAGGCCCACAUAAAUGAGAAUAUCCCAUUGAGUAGUAUGCGUGACGAGGAUCCUAGGGAGGCUUUGCUGAAAUAUGCUGAGUUGGCGGAAAAGGAGCCUUUGUUUACGAAUGCCUGGAAGGAGACUCAGCCAAAAACACAGUAUGCUGAAUUAAGUGACGAUGAGGAGGAGGAGGGGCCGGACAAGAAGAAACUGAAGAGGUAACGGGACGAAGUCUGUGUUGGUGAACACGGCAUUCAAGGCGUUUUGGGAUGGAGGUAACAAAAUGUAAGGAUUAAUAAGUCUAAUGGUAAGCUACCUGCAUUAUAGAGGCAAAUGCAAGUGCAGCGAAUGUAACUUGACAGAUAUGGAUACUGAGAUCCUUUACGUCAAUUCCCUGCCUCUCUUAGGUUCUCGAAUUCCUACCUCCUAGUAGACCGUAAGUCAGGAA